AUGACGUCGCCUUCCUCUGAUGCGUCGCCCGACUCGGCGGUUCAGUAUGCUUACAUGUUUGAGAAGAAUAAGGGCCCUACAAAGCAACUCGAUGCCCUGUUGAGGGCUAUUGCCCGUCACGUCAUGCUGGAGAUUGGCGAGAAAACGGACAACCAUCUCACACCAAGUAAGCUGGCUGCCUUUUACAAGGCUGUUGGCGGCGACUAUGAUGCUCUCUUCGUGGACACACCUCACUCAACUAUCUCCUACCUGUGGCAGAUUACUGGCUGCCAGCACAGCCUCCAACCUACGGGGAAUGACUUCGAUCCCCCAUCAAUACCAGCCCUUACCUACCGCGGGUUUUCCAGAUGGGAGUCGUUGGAAAUUUUGCUUGGACCUGAGGAGCAUGUUCCGUUUCUACAAUUCGCCGUCAAGAGGUGGAACCUGAAACACCCCGAAACCGGUGCAGAUUUUCCCGUCGAUUUACCUUGGACUUGCUUCCCCGAGAGAGCUGACCAAGACAUCGAUCGAUGGCACAAAAGUUGCGCAGACAAGUUGUGGAUGGCAGCCUCUAACGAUGAUGGGGCGACGCCGAAGCCAUCGCCUGCAAACGAGCAGCCUCCCCCUCCAAAGUUCACUUACGCCCACUUCCAGGAGCCCUUCUCGUCCACCUCUUCACCGCGAUCGAGGCCAAGUGAUGGAGAUUAUUAUGGGCGGCCCAUGUCGUAUUCUCACGUACCACGCCGAUACGCCACUCAACGCGAGCCAGAACGGUCUCCAGACAGGCCACGUCGCGGUGACACGCCGCCGGAUGAUAGAGAAAGGAGAAGGAGGAGCUUUUCCGACUAUGGCUCUGGCCAACCUGACACAGAACCCCCGUUGACAAGGGGGUAUUCGCCGACAUAUUUUGAUGCCAACAUGAAAAAAUCAGGUGCCGGCAGGAGGCAUAGCCACCCAAGACACGAGAUGGCUGAUCCAUCAGACGACGAGCCGGUUGGGGAUCCUCGAGAGAAGCGACGUCGUCACCCAAGUCCCCCACCCCCUCCGUCGGUCCGCAGAUUUGUACGUGCGGGCGCUUCUUCACAGUCGCAGGGAUCCGCCAAUGGGUCCAGCAACCUCCGCCCGCUCCGGCCGGACGGUCGACCAGACGAAGCAAAGAGACGCACCGGACCAAGCCCAUUGGGCUCCCUUCGCGAUAGGUUCACGGAGACGGUCAGCAGUAUUCUCCCCAACGGCCUCACCUCCGACCGUCCGCGGUCCGGCUCGAGACAAAAUUCCGGGACGGAAUCUAUUCGAAUGAGGAGGAGUCGGGAGCAGGUUCACUCUUCACGCUUGAGUCGAAGCUAUUCCGACAUGGACACAGAUGAGUCUGAAGACAAUGCGGUGAUAGAAAGCGAUGGUCGGAGGAGGCGAAGACCGCGCGAGGAGCGCGAGAGAGAAAGAGAACGAGACCGGGAGCGACAUCAAAGGGGCCGGCUCCGUCACCACGACCGCGACUGGGAAGAAGACAGGGACGUAGAUUUGAGGAGAGACAAGGUCUACUUGCGACGACCGGAGACACAGCGAAGGACAAGCAGCCAUGCCGACAUUGAUAGAAAGCGAGACCCACCAGAAUGGGACCCUCGCGAUAGGGACCGAGAUAGAGACAGGGAUCGCCUGAGAGACGAGAGAAGGAAGUGGGAGAGACGGAUCUCUCCAGAAGAGGAUUUCACGGGCCCCGCGGCGGCAAUGGCGGCCAGGCGUACGCAUCCUGAACCCGCGUAUAGCUGA